CACUUGCCUGCCGCGUUUCAUUCGAUCAGGUUGUGAAAAAACUUUUAAUACUACUUUUAAAAAUGGGAGAAUUUCAACACGGACUGUUUGGUUGUUUUGACAACUGUGGAAUUUGUAUCAUUACGUAUUUCGUACCCUGCUUGACAGCUGGAAAGAACGCUGAAGCAGUCGGAGAAAGUUGUAUCUUGUACGGCUGUCUAUCAAUUUUAGGACCAAUUGGUAUUUGGUCAAGAGCUAAAAUCCGAGGUCAAAUUAGAGAUUCUAAGGGAAUUGAGGGCUCGUUCAUUAAUGAUUGCGUUAUGCAUUGGUUUUGCGCUAUCUGCUCUUUGGUACAGGAAGCCCAGGAAGUCGAAGGUGGUAGUGCUCAAGCCGAAUCCAUGGCGAGAGAGUAA